AUGGCUGCUCCGAUUGAGGUCGAGUCUGACGGCUCUGUCCGAGAUCUCUUCAAGGAUCCCCCGUUUGACCUUGAGAACGUCCGCUUUGGUGUCUCUGGCCAGGUCUCCGAGGGUGACCUCGAUAAAGAAACUCUGGAGACACUCUACGAACAAAUACUCCGGGCAAUCUACGACAAGAUUGGUGUCACUGACUGGUACCCCCCUGGACAACUUCCAAACUGUCAUGAAGCCAUUGUCACGCUUCUCAUGAAGAAUCAUCGUCUGAUUUGGACAGACUCUUUUACCAAGUUCACCGGCUACAGAGCUUGCGACAGACUGGCUAAAGACAUCGCUGGAAAGGGCCAAGAUCUCCCUGAAGACAUCAAGAAUCUUAUCCCGUGCCCCUCUGCACCUGUCCUUUUGUCAUAUGUUGCUCUGGCCAUUUUUCGAAAGCCACCUACGGGAAGUCCUGACAAGGACAUCAUUUCGAUGUUCUGCACCAAAAAAUUCCUCAAGUGGCUACGCCUCGCCAUUCAUAUCUAUGAGAGGAACCAAUCCCGCCUCAUGUACAUCUCGGUUGACGACAACUACGACCUUGAUGAUGGGCGUCAGAGCGAAUUUAUUGAGCGCAGAGGGAAAAAAUAUCUUUGUGUUAAGAGCCACUCUGUCGAUGACUCAGUCUUCCAGCGUGAGAUUGACCAGUAUUUUAACUCUGGCUGUUCUCUUGUGUCUGACGACUCUGACAACUCUGACUCCGGCUGGGCAGGCCUCAGUGAUCACGGCAACCUCUCGGGCGAUGAAAUGGGUAUUGACAGCCAGCACGUCACUUCCAAUGAGUCGGUCCAGGACCUUGACUCUGGUCCCCAAUCGGUGAUCGAGGCAGACAUACGAACCCUCAUUGGAACCAUCGCUGAGACUUCCGCGAAGAUCGAUGCUAUGGAGGAGCGCCUCAAUGAGACCAUCGCUGAGAUUCCCGCGAAGAUCAAUGCUUCUAUACAGAAUGGGGCGGAACUAUACAAACAGGCAGUCCUCGGCGCCCUUCAAGAGUCCGACGUUUUCAAGACUGUCAUCGAGAGAGCUGUCGCCAAAUUGCAGCCACGCAUCAGUCAUUCAGUUGACGAUGGUAACAAUGCCUUGGAUGAGGAUACUCAGUAA